UAUUAUGCAUGAAUCGGCCAGUCAUUUCUUAAAGUUAAUGUGUUAGAAGCAGAAAAAAUAGACAAGGAUUUAAGCUCUGAGAUAUCCUAUAUUGGGAACACUAGAGGACUGGGUCUCCAUCUACAGAGGCCCAAAUCUACAAAUAGUGGUCCAUGAAAGGAUAACUUGUGAAUCAACAACAGGGUAAAGGCUCAAGUAUGGGGAGUGAAGGCUUGCCUAUCUCAUAAAAGAGCUACUGUAGAAAAAUGUAUGAAAAUGUUGCUGGCCAUGACAGAAAUGUGAACGGCAUGUAUCACAGCUGGCUGUGCAUGAUGAUCAUUUUACCAGAUUUUAAUUCGAUUGAGUAGCUGUUGGAUGUGCUAGGCAAACAAGUCUAAUCUAUGGAGGCCCCACCUGGCAACUUGCAGGGUGUAAAGGAUCGGCUUCUAACGUUUGGAUAGAAGAGAUACCAGAACACACCUUCAGAGGUUUUAGGGAGGUCAUGCUGUGAUGAGUCAAAGCUGUUUUAGCAGCAAAGGGGGGAACCUAAAACAUAUUAGGCAGAUGGUUUAAAUGUUAUGGCUGAUUGAUAUGUCUAGAACCAGUGACGUGGUGAACAAUACUGUAUUCUGGGGUUAGGGGUAACAAACUGUAUUGCUCUUUUUAUUAACUUCUUGUUAUACGACACUUUAUAAGACGGCAUAGGCUUUCCCCUGUUGAACCGCUGGUGUUAAGGGGUACAGAGAGAAAUAACGAGGUGAAAUGGUGGGGAAACACCGCGAAGCUUCCUCAGCCGUCGAGGUAAACAAAUAUGCGGUGUGCAAAAGAGCAUCACGUGAUUUCCUUAGCGUCAUCGGAUUCCCGUCCUCCUGAACUGUCGGCCUCACAGCGCAUGCGUGCGCGUUGACUACCGAAGAGGCAAGCGUAGAACGCAAUCGUGAGCAAGGAGCGCAGCUUCGCCAGAGUUUCUCGGGUUAGACUGCUGGGUGGUGAACCUUGUAUCACUAUGGAGGGGCCUGCAGUGGAAAACCUUAUAGACUUUGAUAUACCUUCCAGCACAAAAGUGACCAUACCAUCUGCCGUUGGUCAUCCUGACUUGUUAUCAGAUGGACCUCUCAUCCCAGAGUUUGUAAGUGCACUUCCAAAGCCCUUGGCCCCACAACCAGCCGUGUAUGAAAGAGAGGAAGACGCUGAAGACAGUGAUGCCACGGAGUCUGCAGACAGUGAGAACGAGGCCACUGAUUCGCCCUCCCACACUUCCAACUCUCGUCGCUCCUCUUCAUCAUCCAAUCACAGUGCUGAGGACGCUGAUGUAGCAGAGCGGCGGGAAUUCAUGAAAGUCUAUGUGGAGAAAUUGUUUAAUGGAAGGGAGGACUUUAGCCAGGAGGAGAAAGCACGCUUUGGCGAGUUGUGUAGUGGUGAAAAUGGCAAGGCCAGGGAGUGGUUUGCAAAAUACGUCAGUGUGCAGCGAUGCAACUCAAAGUGUGUGAGCGAACAGACGUUCUACCGAUUGGUGCAGUCGUUUGCAGUCGUCCUGUUCGAAUGCUACCAGAUGGAUGACUACAGCCCUGCCAAGCACUUAAUGACCAUGUGCUUCACAUACUAUUACAUUGGGAAGAUACAACUGUCACCUACAGAGCUCCUGGAGAAGCCGAGCGCAGGUUUGGACUCAUACCUGCGCAGCAGCAAGGUCUGGCUCUCCGGCAAGAAAGACGUCGCUGAGAAAUUGUUGAAAAAUACGACGGCUAAGACGGAUAUGAAGAGUUUUUUUGGAGGCCUGGAGAGCAAACUCAGAGGACCAGCUGCCCGAAAAAAUGAAGAGACAGAAAGUCCAACAGACAGCAAACCUAAAACACCAGUGUUGCCACCUGAAUCCCCAGACAAGAAAAAAGGGGAGAAGAUCUACUUGUACACACACCUUAAACAGCAACCAAUCUGGCAAACGUUAAGAUUUUGGAAUGCUGCAUUUUUUGAUGCUGUGCACUGUGAGAGGAACAAGAGGUCUCCCACCACAAGGCGGACAGCUGAGGAGAAGAAAGACGAGAGGGAAAAGUGGUGUCAUAUGACCCAGGAAGAGAAAGACGACAGCUCCAGGAUUGAAGAAAACAUCACCUUUGGACAGCUGGGGACCUUCACCCAUAAUAUGCUUGCCUUUGGAUUAAGUAAGAAGCUCUGCAAUGAUUUUCUCAAGAAGCAGGCGAUUAUCGGACAUUUGAAUGAAGAGCAAUACAAGUUGCUGAGCGAUCAUAUUGAACAAAUGGCUGUGGAGUGAAUGGUGGCCCCAGAGGACUAAACCAUCCUCCUGUUCUGUCCUACUGUUCGGUUCCCUGAUGUGUAACACCGUACAGCUCCAGGUGGAAGCUCAUUUUGUCCUAUUGAGCACUGCUACAACCCACCUUCAUUUGAACAAAUUAGCAAAAGUCCAGCACCUAAAGUUAACAUAUCUAUGAGGUGGUUAAGGACAUUGCACUUAGUCCAGUGCUGCUCACUAUAACUCAGUACACGUCUGCUGUGCUGCAGCAUUACACAAACGCUAUGUUUUAAGAUGCAUAUCAAUACCUAAAAGAUCAGCUAUGCUCUCCGUGGUUCAGUGUCAGGCAAUAAAAGUAUAUAUAAUAUACUCAGUAUCCUAUUCAGCUAAGCUGAUACUGAAACUAUCUGUAUUGAGCUGAGGUUAACUGUAAAUGUCUACAAAAUGCAGUUCUAUCUAACCUGGCUGUAAUUCAAACUUGACAUGUGACGCAGUCUAUCAUACUCUCGAACGUGUUAUCAGAUACCUAUGUGCACAGACCUAUCAGACCUGUCCCAAAGUGCGACAGUGUGCGUAAGAGGAUUGAUAGUGUGUGUGUGAGAAUAUGAUUGUGUUAGAGAGUUUUGAUAGUGUGUUAAAGGGGGUAAGAUUGAUAGUGUAUAUUGUGUUGGGUAAGAGAGAGCAUAUGAUAGUAUGUGAUCCAGUUUGUUGUGUGUGUGUGUGUGUGUGUGUGUGUGUGUGUGUGUGUGUGUGUGUGUGUGUGUGUAAACCAUUUUAAGAUUGAAUUAUGCAUAAACAGCCUUCCAUAAGACAUCUGUUAUCACAGAAUUAGCAUUUACAAACUGUUUAUAGUGUCAUUAUUUUUCCUAGAAAUGCGAACCCUGUAUCAUAUGUGUGCAGAACAGUAUUAAAUACUCCCUGUAUUAUUCAUGUGGUGCGCGAGCCCCCAGUCGGUUAAACUCCAAGUCUGUCUGAAGUGCCUUUAACGAAUCUUUUCCUCCUGUGACGUUGUCGUUGUUAAAUGUUGAAAAUACAAACCUUCAGUUGUACAUGUUUUAGUCCCCCAUCCACCAAACCAUUGCAUUUAGUGUGUGGUUGUAUAAGAUGUUUUAGGUUGUUUUGCAUUUGUUUGUAAUCUAUGUAAAGCUACAUUCAACUCUGUGUUUGCUAUGUUUAUGGAGUAGUUCUAAUUGUUUAGUGCUAGAUUAAUACAAGCUGUAGUGCUGUGUAACGGCUGUUGAAGUGUGGUGCAGUGCUGUCCUGUGUUCAGUGUGCUUGUGGAAUCGUAGUUCACUGUAGUGUAGUGUCAUAUCCAGGCAAUAGAGGGCGCUCGUGUUACUCCAUAUUAGCUGCUGAGCAGUGAAGGAGAAUGUUAAACAAAGUGUGGUGUUUUUAGGAAGAUUGCUGAAAAUAUUGAUUCAGUGUGUAAAUACAGAGAUUUUAUGACAUAAUAUUGCAGAUUGCAUUGCAACAAAUGGUUGGUUUAAAAAGGGAUUGCUGGAUUGUAUAAUGUUAAUUUAUAUAAGGUGUAUAUGUGGAUGUAUACAAAAGUGUGCUUUUUGCAAAACUUUUGUGUCUAUCAAAUGUAAAUCUGUGGAUGCUUUGCUUUUCUGCCCUCAUAUUUCCUAUGUACCUGUAGACCAUGUCUAUGAUGUGUUUGUAAUAAAAAGAUGUCUAACCCUUA